GUUCCCAUGGUUCUUGUCUCCUUUCAGCGAUUAACUUCUUUCUGUAUCAAACCUCAGUUCGCUUUUUAUGUGCUGAAAAUUAAUCUAACCAGACAACAAGCUUUCGAGCUGUACGUGUUUGGUCAAGUGUGCUAGGAACAGAAAUAAACAGCCUACGUUGUUUUUACCUGUUAGCACCCGAGCGAUGGAGGUUGUUUUCAGCGAUACUCGAUCGCCAUUGAAAGAUUUUCAGUUAUUAUUCGAUCGCUCUCAGUAUCGGUUCGUUUUAACAGGAUACACCACCGUACGGAAUGUGACGCGCUGACAAGACAGUAGGACCGGACCUCGUGGGCGGUAGAUUUGCUAUUGCAUUUAAUACGAACAUUUUGAGAUCAUCGGUGGUGAGUUUUGAUCACGCUCCGUUAUUUUGCAACAACCCCUCCUUGCACCAUGGACGAAGCGGAAGCACAUGUGGCGACGAACAGCUCGGGAGACAGUACUGGUAGUAUGGGUUCCAACGAGGCGAAACUGUUGGCGAUCGUAGUACUUGGUGCAGGUAGCUUUAUGUGCGGUGUGUUACCUCUAUACUGCUCGCAGCGUAAUCGGCAACGACACCCGGGGAUGCUUUCGUUCCUGCUCUGCUUUGGAGCGGGUGUACUGCUGGCCACAUCGAUCGUUCACAUGUUGCCCGAGAUCCGCGAAGCGCUAAACCAGUACGCCGAGAUUGUGUUCUGUACGGGAUUCUUUCUCAUGUACGCCAUGGAUGAGCUGAUGCUGUUCUGUGGUAUCGGUGCCCACGAUCACGGGGAACAAGAACAGAUACCUGCCGUACGCCGGCGUAGUGUCGAUGCAGAAUCGGAUACCAAUAGCGUUGGAAGCGCUAGCCGCUGUUACGGUUCCAACGAGGAGACAAAAUCACUGUUAGAACAGCAACGAAGUGACUCCGAAACUCACCUCACUCAUCGAUUGGCGGAAAAUAUCCUCGACGUCACGAACGUUCGUACGAGAUCGACCCCGAUCCCGACCAACCGUCCCGUACUGCAAUCAACUGCUGUCGAGGCGCAUUUGACGGGUGUAUUCGGUUUGCUGCUUGCCCUAAGCAUGCACUCCCUGUUGGAGGGACUAGCGAUCGGUGUGCAGAAUUCAGGCCCCAAAGUACUGCUGCUCCUGGGGGCCGUUAGUGCGCACAAGUUUGUCGUCGGCUUCGCACUUGGCGUUCAGUUAUGUGCGUACGGCACCAGGCACCGUUGCUCGCACAUCCUACAGGUGCUAACGUUUUCCCUCGGCUCGGUAGCUGGCAUAGGGAUCGGGAUGGGCUUGGACGGUUUGAAUCAAACACUGACCGAUCUCAUCAUGCCCGCCCUGCAGGGCCUUGCCGGGGGAACGCUCCUGUACGUAACGGUGAGCGAAGUGCUGCCGAAGGAACGAAGCAAACGGCAGCACAUCUCGCGAAGGUUUGGUCCGGUGCAGCUUGUAGCGGUUAUACUAGGGUUUUCUCUGAUGUCCGUCCUGAGUCUCGUGCUUAGCGAUGAGUAGUUUGGGGUGGCCGUGAGGGCGAAAUUGUGAUCUGGUUUAAAACAUUAAAAUAGCCAAAUAGUAAGAUAACCAAAUGGUAAAACGUUCCAAGGAGAAGCAAUCACCCUGAACCUACGUCACCAACAGUGCCAACAUACUUCAUUGAUGGACAUUCAUCUGGAGAGAAGCCCUGAGAAGCAGCUGAUGGUGGGCAGCAGACUGUAGCUUUUAGUGUACUUUUACAACACUCGAAAUAGUUUUUUUUAAUACGGUACCGUUAGGAAGUUUUACAUAUUAAUAAAAAAAAAUUAGCUUAUA